ACAAGGAGCCUUUUUUUUUUUCUUCUUAAAAACUCCAUGCCUCGUCCUCAACGAUUCAGUUCCUUUCAAUCCCAAAAACUACGUUAAAAGGCCGUACGAUUUCUCUGCUCUCUCCUCCGUCGACUGCAUUUUGUUAUCUGGAAACCAACAGAGCAACUAAUAUCCAACAAGAAAACAACAGCUUCGUGAUUUGCAGUUUCUUGCUGGUGAAAUUUCAGGUGUGGGGACCAGUGGUGAUCAUCAAGAAAGGUAAGAUGGUGACGAUCAACGUGAAAGAGUCGACCAUGGUGAAACCGGCGGAGGAAACGCCUCUGCGACCACUGUGGAAUUCCAACGUGGACAUAGUGGUCCCCAGCAUGCACACCCCCAGCGUCUACUUCUACAGGCCCACUGGAGCAUCCAACUUCUUCGACCCGACAAUUCUCAAGCAAGCCCUAAGUAAGGCCCUCGUUCCUUUUUACCCCAUGGCCGGCCGGUUGAGGCGCGACGACGACGGCCGAAUCGAGAUCAACUGUAAUGCUGAGGGCGUUCUCUUCGUUGAGGCCGAAACCAACUCCGUCAUCGAUGACUUCGGCGAUUUCGCCCCCACACUCGAGCUCCGAAAGCUCAUUCCCACCAUUGAUUACUCUGGCGGGAUUCAUUCUUAUCCUCUCUUGGUCUUGCAGGUUACCUACUUUAAAUGUGGAGGGGUCUCGCUUGGUGUAGGCAUGCAACACCAUGUAGCAGAUGGAUUUUCUGGUCUUCACUUCGUAAACACAUGGUCUGAUAUGGCACGAGGUCUUGAUCUUACAAUUCCACCAUUUAUAGACAGGACAUUACUUCGUCCAAGAGACCCGCCUCAACCUGCAUUCCACCAUAUUGAAUACCAACCUGCUCCACCCAUGAAAUCUCCACGGCAAAACACAGAUACAACUACAGUCUCCAUUUUCAAAUUGACCCGUGACCAGCUCAACAAACUGAAAGCUAAGUCUAAAGAAGAUGGAAACACAAUUAGCUAUAGCUCAUAUGAGAUGUUGGCAGGUCAUGUUUGGAGAUCCGUCUGCAAGGCACGUGCACUUCCUGUUGAUCAAGACACCAAGCUAUACAUUGCCACCGAUGGAAGGUCCAGAUUGCAGCCUCCACUCCCACCUGGUUAUUUUGGCAAUGUGAUUUUCACAACCACCCCACUUGCUGUGGCAGGUGAUCUCAUGUCCAAACCAAUCUGGUAUGCUGCAAGUCGAAUUCAUGACGCUUUGUUGCGUAUGGACAAUGAUUAUUUGAGGUCGGCCCUUGACUAUCUGGAGCUUCAGCCUGAUCUAUCAGCUCUUGUUCGUGGCGCUCAUACUUUCAGGUGUCCAAAUCUUGGAAUUACCAGUUGGGUUAGAUUGCCUAUUCAUGAUGCUGAUUUUGGGUGGGGUCGACCUAUUUUCAUGGGACCUGGUGGUAUUGCAUACGAGGGGUUAGCAUUCGUUCUUCCUAGCUCAGCUAAUGAUGGGAGCUUAUCAGUAGCCAUUGCUCUGCAAACUGAACACAUGAAGGCAUUUGAGAAGUUGUUAUAUGACUUUUGAGGGGAACAGAAACGACUGAGAAACUCAACAUGGGGAUGAUCCAUAGUACUGGGUCUUUGCCAUUCUUUUCUACGAUGGUUUUAUUUCUUUCAUUGUGUAACUUUUUUUUUUUUUUUUUAGUACAUUGUUUUAGUGAGAGACUACUUUGCCAGUUGGAAAUAUGAUGAAUUGCCCAUAAUAAAGUGGGUCAAAUUGUUGUACACAUUGGAGAACUUUUGAGAACAGUUGUAUCACUAAUUUUAUACGGAACUUCCAUAUAAGCAUAAUGUUUGUAAAUAUUCUUUAGGUUGCUUCAA